GUGCGCAGAGACAGAGUCUGACAACCAAGACUAAACAGAAGUUCUUUGAGUCUUAAAGGAAGAAAAAAAAGAAGCAGAAGAAAAGAGACAAUCCCUUCAUCCUUCAUCUGCAAGCAUGUCGGACUGUGAGGGACCACCCAUGGGACCGGAGGAAGCUGCAGACAUCCAUCCAUCCCUCUGGCUGCAACUCCGGAGUUUCACUGGGAGGAAAAACAAGUUAACAUGACGGAAUGGGAGUGAAUGGGUUGCCGGGGAGCCUGAUCCGAGCGGAGUGAAUGGAGGCAGCAGCAAACUAAACUGAGAAUGGAGGACGGCUUUUCCAGCUACAGCAGCCUGUAUGACACCUCAUCCCUGCUGCAGUUCUGCAACGAUGACAGCGCGUCGGCAGCCAGCAGCAUGGAGGUGACGGACCGGAUCGCCUCCCUGGAGCAGCGGGUCCAGAUGCAGGAGGAUGAGAUCCAGCUGCUCAAGUCCGCUCUGGCCGACGUGGUUCGGAGGCUGAACCACUCAGAGGAGCAGCAGGCCUUGGGGUCGCGCAGAGGACCCACCAAAGAGCCCACUAAGAUGAGAAAAUCUCCAUCAGCAGACAGCAGUUUUGGCAAGUCAGCCAGGCCGAUGAUCGCCACUCUGCCGCUGCGGCCCACGGUCAACAACGGGACCGUCCUGACGAAGAAAGGCAGCAGCACACUGCCCUCCCCGUCUGGACCCGGGACCAGGAAGGACGCCAGCCCGGCAGCCAACAAGAGCACUGUGAGGAGAGCCAACUCAAACGAACACGUGGGGACUCUCACUCGCAAGGAUUCGGGCGACUCCAAGGGGAACCGAACCCGGGCUGGCUCAACGGGCAGCAACUCCAGCGGCAAGAGAAGCGACAGCAAACAGAGGGAUCCAGUGUUCAAUGCAGGGAUGCGACGUGUGACCCACUGCAAAGAGGAAGGUUAUGUGAAGAUGUUCUUGAAGGGUCGCCCCGUCACCAUGUUCAUGCCUAAGGACCAAGUGGACAGCUACAGCCUGGAGGCCCGAGGCGAGCUGCCCAGCAACAAACUCAAACUGGACUGGGUCUACGGUUACCGCGGCAGAGACUGUCGCUCCAACCUGUACCUGCUUCCCACUGGAGAGACGGUGUAUUUCAUCGCCUCUGUGGUCGUCCUGUUCAACGUGGACGAACAGCUGCAGAGACACUACACAGGACACACGGACGACAUCAAGUGUUUGGCCGUUCACCCUGAUAAAAUUACGAUUGCGACUGGGCAGGUGGCAGGAACCUCCUCAGACGGAAAACAGCUGGCUCCUCAUGUCCGCGUGUGGGACUCUGUCAGCCUCAACACGCUCCACGUUCUGGGCACAGGCUUCUUCGACCGAGCGCUCGUCUGCCUGGCGUUCUCCAAGUCGAAUGGAGGAAACACCCUUUGUGUUGUGGACGACUCCAACGAUCACGUCCUGUCUGUGUGGGACUGGCAGAGAGAGGAGAGGCUCGCUGAAGCAAAGUGCUCCAAUGAGUCGGUGUUUGCUGCAGACUUUCACCCGACUGACAGCAACAUUGUUGUGACUUGUGGCAAGUCUCAUCUCUAUUUCUGGACACUGGAGAAAGGCAUGCUGGUCAAAAAGCAGGGGCUGUUUGAGAAACAGGAAAAGCCCAAGUUCGUUCUGUGUGUGACCUUUGCUGAAAACGGCGACGCUAUCACAGGAGACUCCAGUGGAAACAUCCUGGUGUGGGGAAAAGGCACUAAUCGCAUCAGCCGCGUCAUCCAGGGAGCUCACGAGGGCAGCAUCUUCACAGUGUGCAUGCUGAGAAACGGCGCCCUGGUGUCCGGAGGGAAGGACCGCAGGCUCAUUUCGUGGGACAGCAGCUACCAGCAGAUCCAAACAGUGGAGGUUCUUGAGUUUUUCGGUCCAAUCAGAACCAUAGCAGAGGGCAGAGGGGAGACCGUCCUCAUCGGCACCACCAAGAACUUUGUUCUGCAGGGCAGCUUGGAUGGAGAAUUCAUACCCAUCACUCAGGGUCACACUGACGAGCUGUGGGGUCUGGCUGUUCAUCCCUGGAAGCCCCAGUUCCUGACCUGCGGCUAUGACAGGCAGGUCUGUCUGUGGGACUCCAGCGCUCAUCAGCUCAUCUGGACCAAAACCUUGGAGGACACAGCUCAGUCAGCAGGUUUCCACCCAGCAGGAGCCGUGGUUGCAGUGGGAACCCAGACUGGCAGGUGGCUGGUUCUGGACACGGAUUCGAAGGAUUUAGUUACGGUUCACACAGACGGGAACGAGCAGCUGUCAGUGAUGCGCUACGGCCCAGACGGUAACUUCCUGGCUAUCGGUUCCCAUGACAACUACAUUUACAUCUACGCCGUGGCAGAAAAUGGCAGGAAGUACAGUCGGGUUGGGAAGUGUUCGGGCCACUCCAGUUUCAUCACCCAUUUGGACUGGUCUGUGGACUCCCAGUAUCUGGUCUCAAAUUCAGGCGACUAUGAGAUUCUCUACUGGAUCCCGUCGGUGUGUAAGCAGGUCGUCAGCGUGGAGACCACCAGAGACAUCCAGUGGUUCACUCACACCUGCACUCUGGGCUUUCAGGUGUUUGGUUUGUGGCCCGACGGCUCAGACGGCACCGACAUCAACGCAGCGUGUGCGUCCAACGACAAGAGCCUCCUGGUCACUGGAGAUGAUUUCGGGAAGGUCCAUCUUUUCUCAUACCCAUGUUCACAGUUCAGGGCUCCAAGCCAUGUUUACCGGGGCCACAGCAGCCACGUGACAAAUGUGAGCUUCCUUCAUGACGACAGCUACCUGGUGUCGACCGGCGGGAAGGAUAUGAGCGUCCUGCAGUGGAGGAUAGUCUGAACAGCCGAACCGAACAGAACUGCACUAAAAUGAACCAAACUUAAAAAAAAGACUCCAAAUAAGAAGUGGAUGUGAGUGAUCGGAAGUGGUUGAAAUGCAGAACUUUUCCUUUUUUCUGUUUUUUUUUUUUUAGUCACACUACAUGAACAAAACAAACGGGCCAACAGAACCAAAGGCUCCGACUUUCUGACUGCACUUCCUCAGAGUGGAUGUCCCGGUUCUGCUCUCAGGCGGUUUGUUCGCUGCCAGACAGAACCGAAUGGAGCCAGAGAGCCAAAAAACCCCUGAAAUGUUGGGAUUGUUUUUGUAACUGUUUAAACUUUUAUUUUGUAUUUAACAACUCAGGAAAGCACUAACGAAGCGAGACUCUUUCCCACUUAACAUAUCAGGAAGAACUUCUGGCAGCGGCUUGCAAAACUAUUGAUCUUUUCCACACGACAACCACAAACUUUGAUGUUUUUUAUUUUUAUGAGACAGACUAACACAAAGUCGUGCUUAAUUAUGAAAUCGCUGAAACGAUUAAUCAUAAUAAAUUAAUUUAUUAUUAAUUUAGUACUCAGUUAAUCAUUAAUUGCUGUUUGAUGAAAAAAUUGCGUAUUCAAAGGUGUAAUUAAGACAAAAUUGCACAAAAAAUAGAUUUUGCAUACAAGAUGAAAAAAACAUAUUAGGUUCAAACUUUUUAAAAGCACCUUUUUUAAUCUAAUUAUAAUUUACAUAAUUAAAAAUAAUCCAUGUUAGGAUUUUAUUUAAUAUUUUUAUCUACAGAUGCAUCCUUUGCGACUGAUAUCAUGUUACUGCGUUUAGCCAACAAAUGUUCAUUUUCUUACUUAAAAAAAUCAAGUAAAAUUAUUUAUGCAUUUCUAAUAUUGCAUAAAAAGGCCUACCUGUAAAAUAUACAGAAUUUGCUGGUGUUUUUAUCCAAUUAAUUAAUUCAUGUUCAAAAUAAUUGAUAGAUUAAUUGAUAACUAAAAUAAUCACCUAAUAUUUACAGAAAAACGAUCUGAAUGUCUUUGCUUUUAUUUCAAGAUAGCUCAAACUCAGACACAGCAAAUGUAAAACAACAAAUGUUCAGGUAUUGCCACAAUUUUUCAUUUAGAUUAAAGUCUGCACUUUGACUAGGCCAUUCUGACACAUGAGUAUGAUGUAAACGACUGUAUUGGCUUUUGCAAGUUUUUCCCCAGUUUUGCCCUUUUAUAUUUCCAUCCGUCCUUCCAUGGCAUUAUGCUGCCACUGCCAUGUUUUACCACAGGAAGGAUGUGCGAGUUCGUUUCUACAUUUAAAUUUAUUCAUGCUAAUCAAAAACAUUCUGGUUAGAUUUUUAUUUGUAAAAAAAUUUUUUUUAAAUACUUCUGUCUUUCCAUUUCGGCACUUUUUGUUGGUCUAUCACAUAAAAUUCUUGGAAAAACAUAAAAGUUUGUUGAUGUAAAGUGAUUCAAUGUGAAAAACUUUAAGAUAUAUCAGUGACAUCAUCACAAUAUAACAAAUCAGCUUUCAACCAAUUGGGAACUGAAUGAAGGAUUUUUCGCAUCAUAGUCUAAACAUAUUUGACCAACGCUGCAAAAAACUAAAUCUUAAGAAACAUUUUUGGUCCAGUUUCUUGUCCAAAUAUCUGAGGACACGUGAAAUGAGGAAAAACUAAAUCAUAAGUAACUUUUCAGCAAGGAGCGUGUUUCAAGUUCCUUAAUAUUGAUGAAAAAGAACUGGUUCCACUGGCAAAUUAUUUCACUUUUAACUUGGGGAAAAUGUCUUGUUAUAAGUGAAAUAAUUUUAAAGGAUUAUUUUCGGAAAACAGUUACUUGCAAGUUAAUUUGUUUUAUUUCAAGUGUGUUCAGAUAUUUGCACUAGAAAUCGAAUGGUCAAAUUUUGCAGUGUUCAGGCUGAAAAUGAAACAUUUUUCUUUUUAUUUAUUGAUUUAAGCCAAAUCUCCCUCUUACAUUACAACAGUCGUUUCUCCUUGAGUUUUUCUCCUUUUGUCGUCCUGAGUGGGUGAAUCUAGAGACAUGGCACAGCUCUGUGGAAAACCUGAGUGGAUAUUUGAAACAGUUUUAGCUCUUUUUUUGUUUUUUUUGAUGAAAUGUUGUAUGUGUCUCUUUUCAAACAAAAAACGUGGAGCAUCAAAAACAAGCAAAUAUAGUUUUUUUUGUUGUUGUUUUUUGGCUUCUGAGGUUUGCUCCUGCAGAGGAAGGAAGAGACCGUUGCACUGUAAUCGCCUGACUUUUUGCACCAACACUGAACUGAACCCUUUUCCUCGUUAAAGCACUUCUUCCGCCUGGCAAACACACUGCAGGUUUCUAACUGCUCAGCGUCACAUGACACAAUCUCUGCUCCUUCAGUCGGGUUUUUGCUUCACAUCAGAACUUUAUCGGGACGGAGUUGAGUGGAUUUUAGUGUGAGCCUCUCUGCUGGUGUGUGUGACUGAUGGUUGGAGCUUUGUUCUCAGUAAAAUCUUUUAACUUCCUCCAGAUGGAUGUAACAGAGCCUCAUUAAAUACCUAACAUCUGACUGAAAACAAAUGAAACUUGAAAA